GCCGCUACCAAGCCGUUGGCAGACCUGGCGCGACGACGACCUUAGUUUUUCUUCUUUGGUCUCGUACCAACAAACAUGACGAAAGGUACUUCCAGCUUUGGUAAGCGCCGCAAUAAGACACAUACCUUGUGUCGCAGGUGCGGCAGGUCUUCCUACCACAUCCAAAAGUCAACAUGCUCCCAAUGCGGAUACCCAGCUGCUAAGAUGCGUUCUUACAACUGGUCGAUCAAGGCUAAGAGGAGGAAGACCACCGGAACCGGCCGUCUGCGUCAUCUUAAGCGCGUCCAGAGACGUUUCCGCAACGGAUUCCGUGAGGGUACCAAACCUACCCCAGUUCAGCGCAAGACCACAACAUAAUUGUUAAAAAAAUUAUUUGUACACACAAUAAAAAAAAGUUCAUUAUAAAGACAA